AUGUCUCAAGAAAGCCACCUCCCCUCCCAACAGGCCAACUGCAAAGACCUAAUCAUAGUCUGCUGCCACGCCACCUUCAGCGGAGACAACAUGGACGAAUCCUCCUGGACCCUCCAAGACUUCCAACGCGCCGACACCACCACCCACAAAACGAGCGAAAUCUCCACUUUCCUCGCCCACAUCACCGCCGGAGCAAACUUGUACCAGGCGAGUGGGGAAGCCAUGCUCAUGUUCUCCGGCGGCGACACGACAGGGACGGCCUGGACGGAGGCGAAGGGGUACGAGAGGAUUUUCCGCACGCACUUACCGCCUCGCGACCUCUCGACCCCUGUAGGCGGCGGGUGCCAAUUAGAGGAGCGGGCGACGGAUAGUUAUCAGAACCUACUGUUUUCCAUCUUACGGUAUCAUGAGUUGUUGGGAAGGUAUCCGGAGCACAUCACCAUCAUCACGCAUGCAUUUAAACAGCAGCGGUUUCUGGAACUGCAUGCGCCGGCUAUUAAGUGGCCUGCAAGCAGGAUCAGGGUGCAGGGGAUUAAUCACCCCUUUACGCUGGAGGAGUUGAGGACGACGCAGAGGAAGGAGUAUGAGAAUGCUUAUGGGUUGUUUGAAAGGGAUUUGUAUGGGAUUAGGGAGCCCUUGGCUGGGAAGCGGAGGAAGAGGUUUUGGAAGGAUGAAGUGGCGGAGGGGUUGAGUGGGGAUGAGGUGGUGAAGCGGUUGUUGGCGUGGCGGGGCGAGGAGAGUGGGGUGGAGGUUUUCCCGGAGAGUUUGCCGUGGGAGUGA